GAAAUAGAAGAAGAAUGUUUGUCAAUGUCACGUGAUCUGUGUUCAAUUAAUUACAAUUCUGGUUCAAAUAACUUAUUGACUUAAUUUUAUAUAAUCCAGACAGAAUGUUUAUUGAACCAGCAGUAAUUAAGGACGAAAUCGAAAUGGACGAUGAUAUUAUUUGGAAUACGAAUGUAAAACAAGAAUUUAGUGAUGAAAUGCCCUAUGCCGCUUCUAAAAAUGUAAAUAUAAGUAGUAUGCAUCUUGUUAAACAAGAAAUAAGUAACAAUCUAAACACGGAUCAAGUAUUUGAAGAAUUUAUAGUCGCUGCAAAAACAGAGGGAUGUACUAAUGUGGUUGAUGAACCUAAAAUUCCAAACAAAUUGGAAUAUUUCAGAAUAAAAACUGGAAAGCGAAUUAAAUCACAGGUGUUGCUAAAAAAUGGAAAACAUCUGAAUCUGAAUAUGAUUGAUGGGAUUAUAAUCUGCGAGUUGUGUGGUAAUUUACACACGAAACAAAUGGAAUUCCUUUGGCACUUUUCUAGUCAUUGUAUGAAUCAGACAUUUUACCAGAAAAAUAAAUCUUGUCAAAAAAAGCCAACAACAGACACUAUUGUUAAUAGAAAUCUUGAUGAGAAUGUUAAAAAUGAAAUUGAAAUAAUUGAAGAUGGUUGUAGGAAGGAAGAAGAUUUUAGAUUUGCUAAUAAUUUUGAGUUAAGUUUAGAAGGUCAGAAAUUGGAAAAAAGUGAUAUAAAUGGAUAUUUGUCUGCUCGUAAUGGAAGAAAGCCAUUCAAAUGUGGCAUUUGUUUAAAAGCUUUUGCACAGAAAAAUGUUUUGAAGAGACAUUUGCGUACUCAUACAGGGGAAAAACCUUUUAAAUGUGCUAUUUGUUUAAAAGCUUUUGCACAGAAAAUUGUUUUGAAGAGACAUUUGCGUACUCACACAGGAGAAAAGCCAUUCAAAUGUGUAUUAUGCUUAAAAACUUUUACACAGAAGAGUGGUUUGAGGGCACAUUUGCACAGUCAUACAGGAGAAAAAGCUUUUAAAUGUGAAAUUUGUUUAAAUGCUUUUUCAAUGAAAAGUCAUUUGAAUAGACAUUUGCGUAGUCAUUCAGGAGAAAAGCCAUUCAAGUGUGAAAUUUGUUUGAAAGCUUUUUCACAUAAGUAUAAGAUGAAAAGACAUUCGCGUAUACAUACAAGGGUAAAGAAAUACAAAUGUGAGAUUUGUUUAAAAACUUUCUCGAAGAAAAGUAAUUUGAAAUCACAUUUGCUCACACACAAAGGAGAAAAGCCAUUCAAGUGUGAAAUUUGUUUAAAAGUCUUUUCACGGAAAGGUAAUUUGAAUAUACAUUUGCUUAGUCACACACAAGUAAAAUCUUUUAAAUGUGAAAUUUGUUUGAGAGCUUUUUCACAGGAACACAAUUUGAUUAUGCAUUUGCAGAGCCAUAGGAUAGAAAAGAUAUUCCAAUGUGACAUUUGUUUAAAAACUUUUAUAGAUACCAGUAAUUUGAAGAGACAUUUGCGUAGUCAUACAGGAGAGAAACCUUUUGAAUGCUAUAUUUGUUUAAAAGCUUUUUCACAGAAAAGUCAUUUAAAUGAUCAUUUGCGUAGUCACACUGGAGAAAAGCCAUUCAAGUGCGAAAUUUGUUUAAAAGCCUUUUCACAGAAAAGUCAUUUAAAUUAUCAUUUGCGUAUACAUACAGGGGAAAAGAACUUCAAAUGUGAUAUUUGUUCGGAAACCUUCUCACAUAAAAUUAGUUUAAAUUCACACAUGCAUAAUCACACAGGAGAAAAGCCAUUCAAAUGUGACAUUUGUUCGAAAACCUUUUCACAGAAAUGUCAUUUGAAACAACAUUUGCUGCUUCAUACAGGAGAAAAGCCAUACAAAUGUGACUUUUGCUUGAAAACUUUUUCACAGAAGUGCAGUAUGAAAAAACAUUUACUGCAUCAUACAUGAGAAAAUACAUUCAAAUGUAGCAUUUUCAUUAAAUCUUUUUCACUAAAAUUUCAAAGGCCGUUCAAUGUGACUUUUGAUCGAAAACAUCAUAAGCUUCAUAAAAAUACUUUUAGAGUUGUAAAUUUUUCAUUUCUUAUUAUCAAUCAAUAUGUACGUUUAGAAAUGCAUUUUCUCAGGCACAAAUUAAUUUUUUUUUUUUUUAAUUUUUCUUCACAAAAUUUCUUGAGGCCCUCCCGAAUCGAAUGAUGUUUUGUGUUGUAUUUCCUCGACUACAUUUUCAAUUGUGUACUUGCGUUUUUAAAAAGUUUUUUUUUUGUUUUUGUUUAUUUUAUAAGUCUGAUAUGAAAUAGUGCCAGAAUUUUAGAAUUUAGAGAAUUUUAGGGAUCUCAUCUAUUUUUAGAAUAAGUGCAAUCCAUAUGACUGAAAACAGUGCAAAAUGCUUGUUUUGUGUUAGUUAGGUUAUUAAAAAUAAAAUUUUAUUUGAAAGAAA